AGGUUAAGGGCGGAAGGAGUGUCUCCGGGUAAGAAGGGGAACGAAAGAUGGCGGCCGAAAUGCUGCUGUCCAGUUUGUUGUGGCCGCUGUUCCUGGGGUUCCUGUUACCUGCACGUCUGGCUGGUGGUGUCGGGAGCCUGAACCUGGAGGAACUGAGUGAAAUGCGUUAUGGGAUCGAGAUCCUGCCGUUACCUGUCAUAGGAGGGCAGAGCCAAGCUUCGGACGUGGUAAUUGUCUCCUCUAAGUACAAACAGCGUUAUGAAUGUCGCCUGCCUGCUGGAGCUAUUCACUUCCAGCGUGAAAGAGAAGAGGAAACACCUGUUUACCAAGGGCCUGGGAUUCCUGAGUUGUUGAAUCCAAUGAGAGAUGCUCCCUGCUUGCUGAAGACCAAAGACUGGUGGACAUAUCAAUUCUGUUAUGGACGUCACAUCCAGCAGUAUCACAUGGAAGAUUCAGAGAUCAAAGGUGACAUCCUCUAUCUUGGCUAUUACCAAUCAGCCUUUGACUGGGAUGAUGAAACAGCCAAGGCCUCCAAGCAGCAUCGCCUGAAACGCUAUCACAGCCAGACGUAUGGCAAUGGGUCCAAGUGUGACCUCAAUGGGAGACCCCGGGAGGCUGAGGUUCGGUUCCUUUGUGAUGAGGGUGCAGGCAUUUCUGGAGACUACAUUGACCGUGUGGACGAGCCCUUGUCCUGCUCCUAUGUGCUGACCAUUCGGACUCCUCGGCUAUGCUCCCACCCCCUCCUCCGGCCCUUGCCCAGUGCCGCACCUCAGGCCAUUCUCUGUCACCCCUCCCUGCAGCCUGAAGAGUAUAAGGCCUACCUUCAACAGCAAGAGGACUCAAAACAACAAGAAGAUAAAAUCACAGAGAACUUACAAGACCCGGAUUCCCAAACGUGGAGUGAGACCAAGUCUGGGGUGUUGCCCCCAAAGAGGGAGGGUGUAAGCCCAGCCAAAGAUGACAGUAAGGAAUCAGAUUUCUGGAAGAUGCUUCAUGAGCCAGAGGACCAGGCCCCAGAAGGGGAGGAGGCACAGGCAGAGGAGCAGUACCUAAACCUUGAGGCUGCAGCAGAUCCAGCUCCAGGCCCUCCAGAUGAUUUUCAGAACAAUGUGCAGGUCAAAGUGAUUCGGAGUCCUGCGGACUUGAUUCGAUUGAUAGAGGAGCUGAAAGGCGGAACAAAAAAGGGAAAGCCAGAUGCAGGCCAGGAGCAGCCUGCAGAUGAGGCUGCAGAGGCCCCUCAUCAGGAGCCAGAGGCGAAGGAAAAGGGUGAUGUAGAGCGUCCAAAUGCAGUGGGAGAAGAGGACGAUGAAGAUGAAGACACGGAUGAACGGCAGUUACUGGGAGAAUUCGAGAAGGAAUUGGAAGGGAUACUGCUUCCGUCAGACCGCGAGCAGCUCCGUUCCGAGGUGAAGGCUGGCAUGGAACGGGAGCUGGAGAACAUCAUCCAAGAGACAGAGAAAGAGCUAAACCCGGAUGGCCCAAAGAAAGAGUCAGAGCGUGAUCGGGCAGUGCUGGCCCUGACAUCCACUCUUAACAAGCUCAUCAAAAGGCUGGAGGAAAAACAGAGUCCUGAGCUGGUGAAGAAGUACACAAAAAGGAAGGUUGUCCCCAAAAAGCCUCUUCCAUCACCCCGCUCCACAGAGGAGGAUCCUGAGCACAGAGUCCGGGUCCGGGUCACCAAGCUCCGUCACGGAGGCCCCAAUCAGGAUCUGACUGUCCUCGAGAUGAAACGGGAAAACCCACAGCUGAAACAAAUCGAGGGGCUGGUGAAAGAACUGCUGGAGAGGGAGGGAGUCACAGCCGAAGGGAAGAUUGAGAUCAAAAUUGUCCGCCCUGGGGCUGAGGGGACCGAGGAGGAUGGACGUUGGCUGACGGAUGAGGACACAAAAAGCCUCAAGGAGAUUUUUUUCAACAUCUUGGUGCAGGGAGCUGAAGAGGCCCACAAGGAGCGCCAGCGGCAGAAAGAACUGGAGAGCAAUUACCGCCGGGUGUGGGGCUCGAGAGAUGGUGAGGGCACAGGAGACCUGGAUGAGUUUGACUUUUGAGAUACCACUGCAAUGUGUUCCUGACCGACCCUGCCUCCUCCUCACCUCACGUCUUGAUCCCUGUGAAGGCAAAACACCAGAGAACAGCAGAGCAGUGAGCCUCUGCCCUCAGCUCUGGGGAAGAGAGGACCCUGGGAUAAGCACUGCUGCAGCUGGCAAGAGCCUCCUGCAGACCUCUGCAGGCCGUGGCUCCUCCCGGGCUCCCAUGUGCCCUUCGUUUCCUCCUCGGCUUUCCCUGUUAGUGUCCCCUAACUUGUUGGCUCACUCUUCUUCCUGCCUAGAGACUCACUAAGAUCCUGCAUGGGCAGGGCUGGAAGAGUCGGGUAAUUUAGCAGGCCCAAAGAAAGCACAUUGCCCACCUGCUCUGUCACUGUUUGGAGUUGCUUUUCCCUCUUUCCUGAGAUCACCAUGGGAUUUCCUUCUCCCUUGCCCUGUUCCCACUGUCCCUCCAAUCUUCCUGAGCUGAGGCGCUUUCACUUCUGUUGCUGAGGAGAUGGGAGACCCUUGCACAUCACUUCCAAACACAAUCCCGGCUAAAAGGGUGAGGUGCAGAAGCAUCCCCGUAUUCUUCAACAAUCAGGUUUCUAAAUAAAGAACUGGACCAUCAA